CUUUCUCCUCGCUAUACAACAGAACAGAGAGAGAGCCAUUCCAGUUCCAGAUUUCUUCACGACAGCUCCUCCUCUCUCUCUGCCGCGAUUCUUCAAAAAUCAGCACAGCUCACAAAAUUCUCCAGCGAAACUUUGCAUAUUCAAGAAAACGCUGUCGCUGCUACUGCGGCGGAUGAUCACCGGCGCUUCUUAGAGCUCCUCGAGCGAAGGGAAAAUGGCGAAGUUGAGGCACUCGCGAUUGCAUUCGAAGAAAUGGUCGACAUUCACAUUGGUUCUCUCCAUGCUCUUCAUGCUCUCGCUCGUUCUCCUCGUGCUCUUAGGCUUAGGAAUCUUCUCGCUCCCUGUGAGCACCGACGAUUCGACUCCCAACGAUCUGCCUGCUUCCUACCGCCGCAUGGCCGCCGAACGAGAUGGCGACGGGCUAGGAAAGCGAGGCGAUCAGUGGACUGAGAUCGUUUCUUGGGAGCCUAGAGCUUUCCUGUAUCACAAUUUCUUGUCCAAAGAAGAAUGUGAGUACCUAAUCUCUCUUGCUAAGCCUCACUUGACAAAGUCAACCGUGGUGGACAGCAAAACAGGGAAGAGUAAAGAUAGCAGGGUUCGCACAAGCUCAGGGAUGUUCCUGAGGCGUGGACAGGAUAAAAUCAUUAGGGCCAUAGAGAAGAGAAUCGCAGAUUUCUCGUUAAUUCCUGCAGAUAAUGGUGAAGGACUCCAAAUCCUCCACUAUGAAAUCGGUCAGAAGUACGAGCCUCACUUCGAUUAUUUCCUUGAUGAGUUCAACACCAAAAAUGGAGGGCAGCGGACUGCUACUCUGCUAAUGUAUCUGUCAGACGUUGAAGAAGGAGGCGAAACCGUCUUUCCUAGUGCAAAGGCAAAUUCCAGUACGGUCCCAUGGUGGGAUGAACUGUCUGAAUGUGGUAAAAAGGGUCUUUCCCUGAAACCGAAGAUGGGGAAUGCUUUGUUAUUUUGGAGCACAAGGCCGGAUGCCUCGUUAGAUCCUUCCAGUUUACAUGGUAGUUGCCCAGUGAUUAUAGGGAACAAAUGGUCAGCUACCAAGUGGAUGCACCUCGGAGAGUACAAGGUCAGAUAGAAGGUAACUGCUGUUUCUUAGUGGAAUCUUCUCUCUAGUUCAAAGCAAUGUGAAAUUUCAGCUGCUGCUCGCUGCCCAAAGUGAAAUUGUGAAUCGAAUUUUCUAAAAAGAAGAAACAUGCGUAGUUCUACUUUCGAGGGGUGAAAAAAAGAACCAAAAGAAAUAGAAUAAUUUCUUUGUAUCAUUGGGGAGAAAUCGUUAUGUUAUCAAAAGCCUUCAUGAAUUGUAAUGCCCGUGUUUUUGUUACAACUUUAGGAACUGAAAUCCCUAAAAUUAGUUAGGUUUUAGUACCUUCUUAUGAAGGUAAAGUUUUAUGUGAUCUGGGUUCAGGAGAGCUAAUUUGUUUCAAACAGCGGUUUGUAUUUAACUAUUUGUGAUGUCUCUAACAAGCUUAUGGUUGUUUUGUUUUCAUCCAGCUGCAGAAGUUGGUGUAGAUUUUAGACUGCUUCAUUCUCUACCUCGAAACACAGAGAAAAGCCAGUACCAUACAAAGAGAUUUUGCUCCAUUUUGAAUAACUUUAUUUCUUGUUUUUGCUUCCAUCAGGCCAGAGCUUUGGGUGGUGUUAGAUGUUGAGGAAAUGUUGUAUACUAGUUGUUGUUCAAUAGUACUAUUAGGUGUCCAGACAUCGCAGGGUCUCUUACACCAUCUUAUUGUAGUGCAACAAUCCGAAAACCUGGUGCCCGUUAUCAAAAUUCUUAUACACACCUGGUUGAUCGACAGCACGACGUCUUGAUGCGUAAAGCACUUGUUUCCUAAAAGCUGCUCCAGUUUGCCUAACCACACCGGACCAAUUAGCCACAGAGUCCUCUCAUGGCAAAGGAACCUUUUUAAGGCAAGGCUCUACUUUAGUACCACAUCGGUAGACAACUACAUUUUUCACUUGAUAAAAUCUCAAAAUGGCA